UAAAAAGAACUUGCGGCAUUGAUCGGUUUGUUUGUUUUGUUGUGAAGAACUAACCUCGAGUCAAAAACAAAUAUAUCUAUGUGAAUUAUCAAAAGAAUUAAAUUAUUUUUACGCUACAUACCUACGUAUUAUGGAAGGAGAACAAUCUAAUAUACUGAACACUAUAUUUCUUGGUGAGGUGGCAAGUGUCCAAAAUUAUGGUGCAUUUGUUCACAUCCCAGGGAACAGAAAUCAAGGCCUUGUCCACCGAAGUCAGAUAUCAUCUACUAAUGUGGAUGAUGCUACAGAAGUUCUGCAACGAGGGGAACGUGUUUGGUGUAAAGUAAUUAGCAUAUCAGACGAUGGAAAGAUUGGAUUAUCAAUGAAAGUUGUUAAUCAAGGCAACGGAAGGGAUUUGGAUCCAAACGGAGUACAAAUUCAUCAGGAUGAACAGAAACGCAAGAGUAUGCCUCCAGGUGGAGGGCGAAAGAAAAUCACUUUGGAAGCUGUUCUCAAGACUACUUGUUCAAAAUGUGGGAUCACUGGUCACUUAGCCAAGGAUUGCUUUCAAGGUGGCAGUGGUAAGAUUUAUGAACUUAUUCCAGAGGAUGAUAUUAAUGAAGUUCCUGUGAAUUCUAUUGAAGAUGAAAAAAACAAGUCAAAAGGAUCAUCUAAGUCUAAAAAGAGGAAAAAAGAUAAAAAACAUAAAAAGGAAAAGAAGAAGAAUAAAAGGAAAGCAUCGAGUUCUGAAUCAGAUUCUGAGAGUGACACUGAUGGAAAUAAGAGAAGAGAACGGAGAAAACACAAGAAAAGAGAUCGUUCUAGAUCUAGAUCCCCAAAGAAAAAGAGGAAAUAAUGUUCCAAGAUGUAACUGUUUAUGUAAUUAAGUAAAAAAUAUUGUAUUAAUUACAUUAGUUUAUUUAUCUCAGUA